UAAUGAAUGUAAUGACUUCCUUUCGUGCUACAUGGUUACGAUAAUAGUGCAGUAAUUUUCUAAUUAUGCUGGAAAAAUACUUCAGUCGACAGAUGACAUCAGAUUACAAAGAACUGCCGUCAAUAGGUGUUGGAUAUACUAUAGCAUAUUGGUUCGGCAGUCGCGGUUCAGCUUUGGAAAGACAUAUUUAAUUCUGAAUGAGACGGCUGCUUGGCUUGACGUCUGCUUCUUUGACAGUCCCUCAUUGCGUAGUGCGUGCUCAGCAUCCCGCUCAAGCUGUUGAACAUAUUUUUUCUGUCGAAUGCCCUCUUGAGAUGUUCAUUCAUAAAAUUCACAUUCAUAAAAAAAACAACGGUUCAUCAUGAAUUUCAAUGUGAUGCGGUAUUAUAUUGCCACACUAGUGUUCCAAACGCUUGUUCUACACGUGACAGUUCUGGUCCAAGAUGCAAGUGCGGCUGUCGCCGGAAAAAAAGAUAAUUACGACAGUUUAUUAACCGGUCAAGGAUUAUACAGUAGCAGCGAUGGAAUAUACAUUUUAAACGCAACUAAUUUUAAACCCAGUAUUUACGAAAGCAAGACAGGCUGGUUCGUGGAAUUCUACAACAGCUGGUGUGGAUUUUGUCUCCGAUUUGCAGAUACUUGGAAAGCACUUGCUCAAAACGUCGAACACUGGAAAGACAUUGUUGUGGUAGCUGCAAUUGACUGUGCAAAUGAUGAUAACAACCCGAUUUGUCGAGAGUACGAGAUAAUGCAUUAUCCAAUGCUCAAAUAUUUUCAUGUUGACGCCAAACCAGGUCACCUUGGUAUCGAAAUUGAGAAAGGAAAAGACAUGGAUGCCGUAAGACAUAACUUGAUUGAUCGUCUUGAAAAGGAACAGCAAGAAGGUCGAGGUUAUUCUUGGCCGAAUAUAACUCCCUACCGAAGUGGGGAUACGAAGAAUUUAUGGAAGGAUGUACCUGCUAGUGUAAAAUAUAACUUUUUAAUAUUUGAAACGGUCGAUUCAUUCCUUGCCACUGAGGUGACCUUAGAUUUACAUAACAUCAGCAGUAUAAAAGUUCGUGGUGUGACCUCCGAGAAUGAGCCGCUUAGCAUAAUGCUUUCAGUGAAUAAAUUUCCUACUCUAAUUGCACUAGGGCGUAACAGUUCGCAGCAAGUUAUAAAUGUGAGGUACCCAACAAGAGAAGGAGUAAGAAAAGCUAUUAAAGAAUUUUUAGUGCUAAAAGGAAUAACUGCGGAUAUACCUGAUAAUCCUGAGAAACAUCCCAGCGAGUGGAUGCAGGCUGAAAUACCAAAUGUGUUGGACAUAAUAAAAGAAAGGAGAGAGAAAAAAGAAGAGGAGGAAGUCAGAGCACUUGGAGAUCUGCUUUUUCAGUUAGACUUAGAGACAGCAUUGAGAUAUUCGAUUGACCACGAAAUUCCAAUGGUUAAAGUUAUAGAGGGAGAGAAGAUUGAGGCGCUGAAAGCUUACCUGAAUGUACUGGCAAAGUACUUCCCAUUUGGACGCAAUGGUGUUUUAUUUUUGGAGACAUUGAGAGAAACCGUUGAUCAGCGAGAAAGACUGACAGGGAAAGAAUUUAAAGACAUUGUUAAAUCGACCGAAGAAGAAAUAUCUCCCAUAUACUCUGGACCACAGGGAUGGAUCGGAUGCAAAGGGAGUGUUAAUAGUUUUCGUGGGUACCCAUGUGGACUUUGGUCAAUGUUUCAUAUGCUCACAGUAAACUCUGCAAUCCGUAAUAAAAACAAUCUAGAUUAUAAACCACAAGAAGUUUUACGAGCUAUGCUUGGAUACAUCAAAAACUUUUUUGGAUGUACUGAUUGUUCGGAACAUUUCGUCAAAAUGGCUAAUGAAAAUAAGAUGUCUGAAGUGCGUAAUUUAAACGAAAGCAUUUUGUGGCUGUGGAGGUCUCACAAUCUCGUGAACAAAAGGCUAGCUGGUGAUAAAACUGAAGAUCCUAUGCACAAAAAAGUACAAUAUCCGUCCAAAGAGCAAUGUUCAACUUGUAAAUACAGUAACGAAAGUUGGAACGAAGCAGAAAUAUUACGUUACUUAUAUCGCAAGUACAGAUCUUCAGAAAUAAGUUAUUAUAAUUCAAGUGGCAAACUAAACGAGGAUAACAGUAUCGAUCGCCUGAAAAUUAGACAAGAACGAUUUGCUUCAGAUAAAUAUAGUAGUCAACGAAAAUUGGCCUGGGAUUUUACAAUAUUUGACAUAAGCAUCUGUGUGGUCCUGUACGUGACGUCUGCAACGAUACUCGUCCUUGUGUGUAUAAAGUUUGCUAUGAAAAGAACUAAAAGGAACAAGUCGUAUAUACAUGAUCUUUUUCGCAAAGUAUAAUUUUUUUUGUAACUUAUGCCAUUUGAGUUAUUAAAGAAACAUUGCGUCAAAUUACGAAGGUUACCAAUAAAUCUGAGAGAAACCACAUAUGUUCAGUUUGUCUGUUCACUGUUGGUGCAGCGCUACAAUACAGGAAGUGACAUCACAUCUAAAUUAAAUCCGGAAUGGAAAACAUUAGUUGCCAA